UUCGAUCAUUUACCGAUUUUCAGAAACUUUUAUUACUACAUUUCGAUAAAGAAGAUAUUCAAUCAACAAUUCACAACCAACAGAAUACCGUCUUAUGUCAAUGUAGUUUAGUUCGUCAAACACCAUCAUUUGAAGAUAAAGGUUCACAAACUAUGACGACCUUUAAUAACUCUCAUUUUUCUGAAGAACCACCGAAACAUCAUUCAACCGCAUUGAAUGAACCCAGUGCCGCUGCUUUACGUGGCGAGUCACUAGUCUCACAAUUAACAUUAAAUUAUACUAACACUAACUCUAAUACUAAUACUUCUGAUCCUGAUGAUACAACUAGUGUACUUCGUCAAGUUCUACUACAAAAUUUAAUAAAAAAUCCAAAAACUUUCCAAGGUGGCAAAGAUGAUGUUAUGAAAUGGCUAGAAGACAUCGAACAUUUAUUUGAUGUAGCACAUAUUUCUGACACAAAUAAAUUGGAUUUAAUAUCCUAUUCACUUCGAGGUGAAGCCCUUCGAUGGUACACAAAUCAUAAAAAUACAUUCAUUUCAUGGGAAAUAUUCGUAUCUGAAUUUAAAAAGGCAUUUACUUCAUCUUAUCAUGAAGAAUUAGCAUUUCAAAAACUCGAAGCUUGUACUCAAGGAGAAAAUCAAUCGAUCCGUAAUUAUUACAAUGAAGUUAUUAAACUUUGUAAAGAAGCUGAUCCAGCUAUGAGCGAAUCUGCUAAAUUACGAUAUCUUCUCAAUAAAACAAAACCAACAAUUCAAUUUGAAGUUCGUCGAAAGAAACCUACAACUACAAAAGAAUUUCUCGAAUAUGCCAAAGAAAUUGAAGAUCUUUAUCAACUAUCCAAUAUUAGUAUUAAUACACAUACAAAUACCAAUAUCAAUAGUAACACUAAUACUACAUCACCUACAUUACCAUUUACAUCAGUUCCACCUAUGAUUCACAAUUACUCCAAUUCUUUUUCUACCAUGUCACAACCACAAAAUUGGAAGAAAUUUGCUAAUCGUUAUCCUACUAAUUAUAAUAAAAACAAUUAUCGUACAUCAUAUCCAUUACUUUCAUAUAAUUCAUCAUCUCAACCCCGUCAAUCAACAUUUUCAUUAACGAAAUCACCUGUAUCAUCGCGAUUUUCACCCAAUAUCGCUUCACAACGAUUUCGUUCUAAUCAACAAAGAUCAUCAAAUGCUUAUAAUACAAAUAAUAACAAACAACCAAAUCCUCAACAACGUCCAAAGACAUUUUCUCGUAAUAAUCCGCGACAAACUAAUGUUAGUAGUUUACUCCCACUAGAUGAUUUAAUACAACCUGAUUUACAACAAUCAUCUACACCUACUGAUUAUUGUACUCAAUCUGAUGGUUUAGCACCUUUUCACGUAUUAGGUACUGUUGAAUUAUCAAUAUUAUUCGCAAAUCAACUAACCACAAUUCAAGCACAUGUUGCUAAAAAUUUAUGCACCGAUAUAAUUCUCGGAAUGGAUUACAUUACCCGCUAUAAUCUCACAAUCGACACAAAACAUCAAUUGAUUUCUAUUGAGAUCAAUGAUCGUCGAUACUAUAUGAAUAUCAAUCAAAAUUAUUCACCUCAACUUAUUCCAAUAACUUUAUCCAAAUCUUUACAUCUUCCUCCUAAUACAAAUCGUACAGCUAAAGUUUCCAUUCCUAUUUCGUCUAUUAGUUCACCAUUUAUUCCUCAUCAACACUUUAUACUAAAUAGUGCUUUAUAUAUUCCACAUAAACUUCUUCAAUUUUACAAUCAUUUUUCUACUAUAACAUUAUCUAAUACAACUCUUUAUCCACAAUUCGUUACUAAAGGCGUUUGUAUUGGAUUCUUAUGUUCUUAUAUCGUUCAACAACGAAAUAUCCACACGUCGAUUCCAACGACUAAAUCACGUGGUGCCGUCAAAUCUUUUGGCGAGAUGCCAGUCUCUCUUGACUUAGUCACGGAUAAAUCGACUAAUCAUUAUUCGAACAACUCUUCGAAAUAUUUUCCAGUACAAAACCAGUAUAAUUCUGAUGUCAUUACAAAUCCCAUUGCUUGUUAUACAAUUCCUUCGAUACACCCACAGGUUGAUAAAGAUAUUCGCGAAUUAGCUACCAAACUACAACAUAAACAAUAUCAUGAUGCUCUUCUCGCACUUUUAUCCCGUUUCCAUCGAAUUUUUAAUACAACUGAACAUAAUAUUGCUGAUACACCCAUUCAUCAUGUUAUUAAUACAAUCCCACAUACACCCCCAGCUUGCAAACCAUAUCCACAACCAGAUAAAGAAGAACCAAUGUAUGCUAUUAUCCAAGAAUUUUUACAAGCAGGUUUAAUUUCAGAAUCUCAUUCUCCAUAUGCAGCACCUGCUAUCCUUGUCAAGAAAAAAGAUGGUUCUUAUCGUUUCGUAGUGGAUUAUAAAAAAUUAAACUUGAUCACAAUCAAAGAUUCUUCACCAUUACCAAAUAUGGAAGAAUCCAUUCGAAAGCUGGGUCAAGGUUACAAAUAUUUCAG